UUUGUUGAUAUGCUCAAUGAAAUUCGUUAUGGGCGGCUUUCGCAAGAAUCUAUCGCCCGGUCCAAGUCUUUGUCACGACCCAUUGACUACGAUGAUGGUCUGGGAGUAAACGAGCUGUUCCCUCGUCGAGAGGACGUGGAUGGAUCAAACAGUGGCCGCAUGUCUCAUCUUCAAAUUGAGUGA